AUGACUCCCUCUUCAAUUUUCAGUUUUGCAUCCAUGUAUGCGGAUAACAUAUAUGUUGGCUUAAUUAUCGAUCAGGAUCGGCCUUCACCGAGCCAAUGGGUGGCCAGUUGCGACCAUUCGGCCGCUACUCGGCUACGAUGCAGGGGAACAAUGCUCAGCAGAGUCAGCAAUCGACAAAACAGCUCGUGCAAGCAAAUCGGGAAGGAGAAUGGGCAGAGCCGCUUAUGCCAUAUUAAAACUGAUAUAGCCAGAAAUGGUGUGAAUCCCCACCGCAGCAACGACUUCGUCCGGCGUUCGGUGAUGUUUAGCAAAAGUGGCAUCACAAGACACGUCAGAUUUUGUCUCUUGACCUUCAUUCAAUCUGUGUUACGGCAGGGAAAUAUCAACUCUGUCAUUAACGGGCAGAGCGGACAAGAGGUGACUGGCGACACCAUCAUCCUAGACCCACGGAAACCGAUGCAGGCCAUUAUCGUCGCAGACCGGAGCGCUCUCAAUUCCGAGAGGGAGCGGAGCUCGCUGAUCGAUUUCGCGAUCGAUUAA